AUGAGGGACAUGCUUAUGUUCAUUGGUUUCUCCAUUAAGUCUUAUUUCAUACAUCCCUUUGGGAAGGGAACUGUGCACAGCUUGGUAAAUGAGAGAUGAGCAUUUUGGCUCUAACCUGCACAUUGUGUUUAUCUGGUCUCUGUAAAAAGGAGCAUUAGACCUAGAAAAUUCUUGAGCUGCUAGUAUGUAAACCAAGUUGCAUGGAAUGGUAAGUUUUCAUAUAUCAGAUACUAAAUCCUUUUAAACUUACCAAUUGAACUGCUUGUAAAUUUUGUAUCCUUUUAAAUGAAGAGUUGUGUUAAAAACAUUGAUUUUGAUUAAGGGUCAGUGAAUGUUUAAAAAUAGGACUCAGUUGUUUCUCACUUCCAAAAUACGGACCUAAAGCUUUGAGUAAAUUUAACUGCAUUUGUGCACUUUUGUUUAUUUCUGUCCUAAUGCAGUGUAGAUGCCAGACCUGCCUCCUUUCCAGGAGGAAGCUAGGCUUUGGGGAAUGAGUAGGAAAGUAAAAUCUGUAGAAAGGAGCUAUAAUUAUUAACGUGUGCUUUGGAGUGUGUAACUCUUUUGUAAGCGCCCGAUGAUACUUGAACUCCAGUUAAAUAAUUGAGUUGCAUUUUACUGAAAAGUCAAAAAUCCCUUAAUCUUCCAAUCUACUGCAUUAAAAAACUUGACAAGGUUGAUUUUACUUUAGCUGGUUAAUCUGAUUGUUGCCUCUGUUUUGUUAGUCAAGGGGAUGGUCCUUCAAGUACGUGUGUGUGCCAUUGACAUGCUGAACCUCAAAUACAAAUAAAUUUUGCAUACUGAGGUCUAAGAGAUCAAAGGAAGUUUUCUGUUAAAGGUUUUUUGUGUUUGAGUAGUCCAUCAGUAUUUUCUCUUGCAGCUUAAAUUUUAUACAAUCUAAAAUGUUAGACUGCUUUAUCUUCUUGUUUCAGAAAGACUUGGAGAGCUAGUGUGUAUGAAGUGAAAUGGAAGCUAGGGAAUGGUAGCCAUGAUAUUCCUAACUAUUGUUAGCUUAUAUCACAAGAAAAAUCAGGAAUAUGAGCAUAAGCGAGGACUUCUCACCCAUGCUUUGGCAGAAAUCAGUUAUGAAUUUUUAUUGUAAAAGACCCAAAUAAAGUUUAUAGUGAAGCCAUGUUUGAGCCCUCAAUUAGGAUUUUAGCUUGUAAGGGAGCAUGAUAGCUGGCUGACUCACCAGCUACAUCUCCUGCAUGUGUCAUUGCCUGACUUGGUUUAAUUUGUUCUCCACAUAUUAGAAUGCUAUUAACUUGGAAGCAGGAAGGAGACUGGGUCUAUGGAAUGCUAUAAAACUGGCUUGAAACCACAUAUACAGUUUCAGACCCAAUUAUGUCUGACUUCUUUUUGUAUGUAGAGUAGUAUGGAGAUUGCUUCCUGUAUUCUGGAAGUUCCCAUUUCUUUCUCUUUUCAUGAAGAGAUGAAAUCUUUGAAACAAAUGAUACAUACAGUAGUGUUUGUGUAAGGCUUGCAGUUAUUUUUACUUUGUCACGAGGUUAGAAUAAUUGAGACGGUAUUUCAAGAUAGCUGUAAUCUUUUGGGUAAUCAAGAUAUCAAGAUAUAAUUGUUUGAUACAAAUGUUCCUCAGGGAAAUGCAGGAAAAAGGUAGUAAGCAAAUUCAACAUGUACAGUGAAAUACCUUUUUAAAAGAAAUCUAAAUAGACUUUUUUAGAAAAAACAGGUUUUGUCUGGCAAAUGCAAGUACAAGGAGUGCUAACAUAAUUAGGCUUUCUGAAAGGUGAUGCACAUUACCUGAGUAUUCUCAGGGAAAGAGGCUUAUACAUUUGUGUGGAAUGUUGCAGUCUACCUUUAGCUGACCUUACUUAAAAUAUUUUCUAUGCACCCUCAUUGCAGUAUUCCUUUGAGUAAUUUGGAAAACUAAACACAGUAUUGUAUUCCUCUUGGUAAUAAAGCCCUGUGAUCAUCAGCUAAUUAGGGAUACUAAACAUAAAGUUGAGAUACUGAAUUUUAUAUAUUUUAGUUGGCAUAUAUGUGUGCCGCAUAUCAUGCAUCUGUGUUUAGUAUCAAUACGAACAUUUAUUAUCUUUGCAAUAUCUUAGAGGAUGUAGCAGACAGGUCUGUGUCUUGCCUGAUUGACUUAUCAAGUGGCUGAGAGUUGCUGGUAGUUCUGUUUUCCCAGUGGAAACUGUGUAAGAAUACAAAGUCUUUGGUAAUUAAGUCUUGUGUCCCCCCAUCGUUUUAAAGAUCAGUGUUCAAGCUCAAAAUUCACACCUUUCUUUAGGAGGGAUCUGCAUGACUUUAGGCAGGCAGAAGCCAAUGAAUAGUUCCUGUGCUCUGGGUUCCUUGGCAAGCUGGGAGCAGUGUAGCUGUUAAUAGGAUUGGGAGCCUGAGUGAGUGUGUCUGCUUUAGAGCUGGGAGAUGCCUGCUCAGUUCCGUGUGUCCUCCUGCACAGGGUAAGGAAGAUGUGCCCCUGCCUGCUUGUUUCCAGACCAGCCAUCUUCAAGGGAAGGAGUUGGUGUCCCAAGAGUGGGCUGGAAGUGGCAUUUUUGAUCAAAAUCUAGGAUAAAUUGACAGGUUCUCGAGUGAUCACCCUCCAGAGGAAAAGCAUGUUUUUACAAUUGGUUGAUUCUAUCUUUGAUCACACAUCAAUAAUAAUUAGUAAUAGCUUGAGCAUCCUGAUGGUGUUCUUGAUGGUGUGGCAUACAUCCCAGCCAAUGUAGGUUACCUUUGUACUCUUUAAAGGUAACUUGGAUUUCAGCAUCCAAAAAACGCUGGGAAUAAGAAGGAAACCAAUUCUCUUUGCAGAGCUGAACAAGUGGCUGAGGUGAGUUGAGCAAAGAAUGCUGUUCACUGGGACUCCCAGCCUGGGCUGGUCAGCUGAGCGGGGAUGGAGAGCUCCCUGGACCUGGGAGGUGUUGGCACUCGGGAGGGUCUGGGCUCGAGCUCUGUGUGUGUCAAUGGUUUCAGAUAGAUGGCUAGAAAUAGUUUUGGGGUACUCAUUCUCUGAUACAUUCUAAUGCACCUCUGAGCUGCCCUGAGAAACAGUAUUGUUAGGUACAUUGUUAUGACUGACUUAACUGCUGCCUUGCAUGGUGUUCUUGACCAUAUAUUUUUUAUAUUCUUCACACUUUUGAGUUAAUUUUAAUGCCCAGUGAUAUGUUGGUGAAUGAAUGUUAGCAAGAUUUUUAGCAAGAUUUCUGUCCCUACACCAGCCCCCCUUCAGUUGUCUUACUGUACAGUAUAAGCCUCAUCAUUUAUAGGCCAGAUUGACCUUGAAUUUUGUUUUAUGCCUUAAGUCUUUCCAGUUACUUUACUUUGUGAAAAGAUAAAAAUUGAAUGUAUGGGGUUUUUUUCCUGUUUGCACCACAUAGGGUAUUACUCAAAAUCAUUGCUUUUCUAAUCCUUAUACCUAAGAUUCUUAGAGCUGUGACUCCUAAAGCCUGCUGUGUAUGGCAGUAAUUUUACUGUGUUAAGAUUGGCCCUGGUUCUGCCAGCAUUUAUUUUUGGAAUUACUUGUGAUAUUUUAAGCAGUUUAAAGCCUUUGAGAAAAUAAUCAGUCUUAAGUGAGAUGUAUGGGUUACCUUCAUUAUAAUGUGAUUUUAUUCAAAGUGAAACAGCAGUAAUUUAUCCUUUCAUAGCAAUAGUGAAUAAAGGAUAUAGACUGAAUGAAAUAUUAAUGCAUGUAUUAAACUUAGAAUUUUGAAACCUCUAGUAAUUUUCAUUCCUUUCUUUUAUAAAAGAUGGUGUCAAAUGCUAGUGUUGGAAGCGAUUUUUUUCCAAGAUUAUAUUUAAAAGAUAUGUAUUAGGAUCUUUGUGUUUUGGGUUGUUGCAGGGUUUUUUUCCUUUUUUUCUUCUUUUUAUAUACCUGACUUUUGCUGUCCGACAGUGACAAGAACCAACUGGAACCUUUCUGAUGCUUAUGUUGGUAUCUUACUAUCCCCACCUGUGGUUUGCAUCCUUGCUUCUGAAGACUUCCAGAAAAAUUUGAUACCAUUUUCAGAAUGAAUGCUAAGCAUAUGGAAAUUGAAAAUUUCUUCUAGGAGAGCUCUUAGGUGUCAUGUUGUUGUUGGAGAGUAAGUGGGAAUGUUGAUUACCACAUGUUUGGGUUUGGCCUGUGUUGUUCUGCUUGUUUUCUGAAGGCAUUCAGUGGGUCUUCUUUUUGAUAUGAAGGGAAAAUAAAAUACUGAUGGAUUUGAUUGACAAGAAAGUUCUUUGUAGCAUUGUAUCCAAAUAAAAGCUUCUGUUUCAGCAAUCGGUCACUAAGUCUAUAUAUUGUGCUUCAGAUAAAUGCACAGUGUGAUGAGCUGGAGUGUUUUAUUUCUGUUGAAAUUUUGCUUUAAUUAGAUUCUAUUGGAGGAUCUUGGGAAGGGAUUUUUAUUCCCUGUAGCACAGUGUCUUUAGUAUCUUAGUAAUUAUUUAUAGGCUGUACUGCAGAAUUCUUUGUGGCAUUGAGUAAUUCAGUGUUUUGAGGAAAUCAGCAAAGUUCAAAAUAAAUAGUUACCAGCAACACCACUUCAGAAGUUCCUCUUAGCCUUCGUUUUGCCAAGUUUUACCAUUUGCUAGGCAGCUGGCUCUUGCUCUAAGGUGCACCUGGAUUUCCUCUCAGUUGGGCUGGGGAGGGAUUAAACUCUUGAGUUACUGUGUGUCAAAGCCUCUCAUAUUUACAGAUGCUGGAGGGAAGCUCUAGUGAGGGGUUCACUGGAAGAUGCCUCCAACAGCUGCUCUUCUGUUCAUUGCACUGGUCAAGAAGUACCAGCAGAUAAUGAUCAGCACCAGUUAACCUUUGCUUUCCCAGGCCCACUGCUUUCCUGACUCUAGCAGUACCUCUUGCUUUUUCCCCAAAACCCUGGAGUCUGGCCAGGCACUGGCAGUGGGACUGGGGAUCAAGAGCACUUGUAGGAGUGACCUGAAGAGAAAGUGAGGAGAGAAAAGAGGCAGCAGUGUGAUGCCUUACUGUGAGACUUUGAGCUGUUGUGGAUUUAUGGGCAUAGAUUCUUGGUGACUGUUUUCUGCACACUGGCAAUGUAAAGGAUUCUUGGUGUACAUCAGAAAUGUGGCACCCCUAAUCCUUGUCCUGGCACUUUAGGGAUUAGUGAAGGUGAGCAGUGGGUGGUCUGGGGGGUUACACUGAUAUUCUGCUUCAGUGUCUAUCAGUAAAGUAGUUGAUUGAUUCUAUAUCUAUAUUUCUACAGUUUCUGUGCCAUUAUUUUAGUUUAUCAAGAUGUUUUAAAAUAAGCUUUUAUUUCUAUUUAUUUUUAUAAUGGAAAGUCGGAGCUGAUCCUGGAUCCUGUGGUAUUUCUGUACUGCAGAGAUGAGCUCUGUGGCGACAGACAAGGUUGCAGGCAAGCUGAGCUCCACUCUCUCAUGGGUGAAGAACACGGUGUCGCACACCGUCAGUCAAAUGGCCAGCCAGGUGGCGAGUCCAUCUGCCUCCCUCCACACCACAUCCCCCUCCACCACUCUGUCCACACCCGCCCUCUCACCAUCCUCACCGACACAGCUCAGCCCUGACGACUUGGAAUUACUGGCGAAACUUGAGGAGCAGAACAGACUCUUGGAAACAGAUAGCAAAUCCUUACGAUCAGUAAAUGGGUCAAGAAGAAAUAGUGGCUCUUCCCUUGUAUCUAGCUCAUCAGCUUCUAGCAAUCUCAGCCAUCUUGAAGAAGACUCGUGGAUCCUGUGGGGGCGGAUUGUGAAUGAAUGGGAAGAUGUACGGAAAAAGAAAGAAAAGCAAGUUAAGGAGCUGGUUCGAAAAGGGAUACCUCAUCACUUCAGAGCAAUUGUUUGGCAACUUUUAUGCAGUGCUCAAAGCAUGCCAAUUAAGGAUCAGUAUUCAGAGCUUUUAAAAAUGACAUCUCCUUGUGAAAAAUUAAUAAGAAGGGACAUUGCUAGAACAUACCCUGAGCAUGAUUUUUUCAAAGAAAAAGAUAGCCUUGGGCAGGAGGUCUUGUUCAACGUAAUGAAGGCUUACUCUUUGGUGGAUCGUGAGGUUGGAUACUGUCAAGGAAGCGCUUUUAUAGUUGGAUUACUGCUUAUGCAGGAACAUCUUCCGGAGCUUUAUGUGCACUUUCAGUCUCAGAGUUUUCACACUUCUAUGUAUGCAUCGUCAUGGUUUUUAACUAUAUUCCUUACAACUUUUCCACUACCAAUUGCAACGAGAAUAUUUGAUAUCUUUAUGUCUGAGGGUUUAGAGAUAGUAUUUAGAGUAGGUUUAGCAUUACUUCAGAUGAACCAGGCAGAAUUACUGCAACUUGACAUGGAAGGAAUGUUACAGCACUUUCAAAAGGUCAUUCCACAUCAGUUUGACAGUGGUCCAGACAAAUUAAUCCAAGCAUCUUAUCAAGUCAAAUACAAUGCAAAAAAGAUGAAAAAGCUAGAAAAAGAGUACACUACAAUAAAGACAAAAGAAAUGGAAGAACAAGUCGAAAUUAAAAGGUUACGAACUGAAAACAGACUCCUAAAACAGCGCAUCGAAACACUAGAAAAAGAAAGUGCUUCCUUGGCAGAUAGAUUGAUACAGGGACAAGUGACAAGGGCCCAGGAGGCUGAGGAAAACUACCUCAUAAAACGGGAGCUGGCCACCAUCAAACAGCAGAGUGAUGAGGCCAAUACUAAGCUGGAGCAAGCUGAGAAUACCAUCAGGGAGCUCCAGCAACAGCAGCAAUGGCAUAAAUGCAGUUCACGAUACAGUGAAGACUUUGUGCUACAGCUGGAAAAAGAGCUGGUCCAAGCCAGGCUGAGUGAAGCAGAAUCCCAUUGUGCCCUGAAGGAGAUGCAAGAUAAAGUUCUAGAGAUGGAAAAGAGGAACAGUUCCCUUCCUGAUGAGGAAAAUGUUGCCAGACUACAAGAAGAACUGAUUGCAGUAAAAUUAAGAGAAGCAGAAUCUUUGAUGGGUCUCAAAGAACUAAGGCAGCAAGUCAAAGAUUUGGAGGAACACUGGCAGCGUCACCUAGCUCGUACCACUGGAAGAUGGAAAGAUCCUCCCAAAAAAAAUGCAGUGAAUGAGCUCCAGGAUGAGCUGAUGACAGUGCGCUUGAGAGAAGCAGAAACCCAGGCUGAGCUGAAAGAGACCAAGCAAAGAAUGAUGGAGGUGGAGACACAGAAUCAGAUCAACAGUAAUCACUUACGAAGGGCAGAGCAGGAGGUUACCAACCUACAGGAGAAGGUGCAGUAUCUUUCUGCACAGAACAAAGGACUCCUGGCUCAGUUGAAUGAAGCAAAACGUAGACAGGCAGAGAUUGAAUGCAAGAGUAAAGAAGAAGUGAUGGCAGUACGGCUCCGUGAGGCAGACCGCAUUGCAGCUGUGGCAGAACUCCAGCAGCACAUUGCUGAAUUAGAAAUCCAGAAAGAAGAAGGAAAAAUUCAAGGGCAGCUUAAUAAAUCUGAUUCUAACCAGUACAUCAGAGAACUGAAAGAUCAGAUAGCUGAGCUGCAUCACGAGAUCAAAUGUCUAAAAGGCCAGAGAAGCUUCUCAGACCAACCCACUUUUGAUGGGAUUCACAUUGUCAACCAUUUCACAGGAGAUGAUGAAUCAUUUCAUUCUUCUGAUGAAGAUUUUCUAACUAACUCCAUACAGGAGAGUGGGGUGAACUUUCAUCUUCCCAGGAGGACUGGUCAGAUAUCUUUGGAUCACACACUCGUAGACAGCAGUGACAGUGAUACUGAGGAAAGUGCCCUUCAGACUGGAAAUUCAGACAAGAUGGUUUCCAAGCAGAGAAGAACAGAAUCUUACUCUACUACUGUGUGAUUAUCACUGUGACUAGCACUGAAGACUUCCAUAUUUCUUUAAGGCUGAAAUUUUGAGGGAACUGAAACCAUCCAGCAGUUGGUUUAGGUAACUAUUGGAUUGGUCUGGCCUGUGAUAAAUAUAUACAAGUACUGUCUAUCUGCCUUCUCUCUUUGCCAAAUCUUGCUAAUGACAUACCAUUGCCAUAAAACAGGCUGGGAAGAAGUUGAUGGAUGACAGUUUUGACAGUAUUACUGAAUGUUCUUUGGUUUAGAAACUGCAAAUAUAUUAUUUCUUUAAUGUGUAAGAAGCAGUUUUGCUGUUCACAAACACAGGAAUUAUUUUCCUCAAAAGAAAUUGCUUUUGUGCAAUAUUUUAUGCUCUGAACAAAUGUGUAUGUUUUACAUUGUUAUCCUUUUGUGAUCAAGAUGGACCCUAGUAAACCAUCUGAUCAUGACACACAUAUAUAUAUAAUUAUCUUAUGCUUCUCAAUUAGUUUUGGUUUUUUACUAAAGUUAUUGGAUGCCCACAGAAGGCUUGAAAGGCAAGCCUUUAUCUGUACUACUUCAUAUAUGCAAAUAAUGGUCACUAAUGUCAUAAAGGUGUUUUUCACCAUUUUCACUUAAAUCUAUGUGCAUCUGCUUUUGAUGUUGCUAAAUAAUAAAUGGUCUGAAUAUGUUAAUUACAAUAAUGUUUAUUUUGUACAUAUUUAUGUAUCUACACCAAGCUGAAAAUGUACAUUACUCCAUUUUAUAUGAGGAAUGUAAAUGUUGCGAUAUUACUGUCUCUGGUAUUCUAACAGGAAAAUGAAUUCUGUAUAUACACACUAAAAGUGAAUUACUAAAUAAAGGCAAAACACUAACUUUGCAUUAAGUUUCAGCCUAGCUACACUAACAGGCUCAUGUCAGAAAUGCUUGUUCAAAACACUAUUGACUGAAAUCUUUUACCUUCAUGUAUAUGUAAUGAAAAUAAAUUUUUCAUGAUUUAACAA